UGGACGAGGCGACUUCCAUGCCGCGGGACAGACAGGACAAACCAAAACAAAAGACUUAAAAUAAACGAAAAAAAAAACGUGAUGAAGGGGCUUACUGUUUUGGGUCUGGUCUUCUGUCACGGUGCACACAGCAGGGAGGAACGAGGAACACGCAGACGAGGAGAUACUUUAAAAUAAUAGUCUUUAAUGGUGACAUCAGGACAGGGCAGGACAAGGCAAGGUACACACAGACAGGAACACCGGGGAAUAACGAGUAGACCAGACAAACACUAACUAAACAGGCAGGAACUAAAUACACAUGACAAACACUGAUAAUUACUGAAACACGGCUGGACAAGACUUAACUAAUAAUCACACUUAACAAGGACAGGAACAAGACCAAAUAUGGACACAAGAGGCAGGAACACAUGACACACACGACAGAGGACUGACAGAUACAGGAUUAUUAGAGAAGAUGCCAGACUUUUGUGCAGCCUACGGAUGCUCCAAUGAACGCGGUAUCGAAACGAGAGCCCGUGGGAUCACCUUUCACCUGUUUCCCAAAACUGGACAGAUAAGGAAGCAAUGGGAACUUGCCCUGAGAAGGGACGGAUUUGUUGCCUCUAAGAGGACACUGCUCUGCAAUGAACACUUCAGGAGCGAGGACUUUGACAGGACGGGGCAGACUGUCCGGCUUAAAGGUGGUGUUGUGCCAAGUAUUUUCGAUUUUCCAGCUCAUCUUCAAAGGCUGGUGGCAACAAGAAGCACAACCACCUCUAGAAGAGCGGAAGACAACCUGCCAAUGGACUUGUCUCAGGAUGUACCUCAACCUGAUGUUGGAGAGAGGAGUUUGAACCGGAAGCGGCAGGCCACUGACCACUUGUAUUCAUUGCCUGCUUGCCCUGAAGAAGCUGUCCUGCGAUGUCUGCAGUGCCAGCCUGGUGACACAUGCUUCAUCUGCCAUCAAGGACCAGAGCUACCACCUGCUUGCUUUAAAAAACAAUGGAGGUCUGGUGAUUCCUUCAGAGGGAACCGUGAAGGUUGUCAGGGCAGCAGAGUGGGUCAUUCGGCAGGCAUCAGGCAGUACCAAACGAUCACAGCCCAUCAAGCUGCUUGAGGUCGUUUACAUUGUCCGAAAAAGGAUCGGUCUAGAGGAUGUGUUUGUGCUAGGGGAGCACAUUGGCGAGACACAGUAUGGGAUAGACAGCCACCACCAUAUGCUUUUAAAAUUAAUUGUGUACCUGUUUUUGAAGCUAAGGCUGCACCAUAUCGCCAAAGUUACAAACCUCA